AUUUUUAGAUGCAAUUUUACAGCAACUAUUGAAUCAACUAAGCAGAGUGUAUAAUUUUCGAAUGAAUUGGGCAGACUCUGUAAAUAUAUGCUAUGGGGAUGAUAAAUGUGAUUUGGUUUUUGUUUAAAUAAUUUAAGCUUGCCCCAGAUUAAUGAUCCGGGACGGGGAUGGACACGGCGUCUUUAUAGAAGUUGGGGAAGGAGGAGUCGGUCUGGGCUUAAGAUGCUGAGUGCUGACUGUGUAAGCUGUAAAACUACAGAGGCCUUGAAAGCGGAGGUUCGUUCGACCAAAGGGAACCCUAAGGAGGGAUAGUGGGUGCAUCUCUGCGUCUACAGAGAGAGUUACUUCUUAGCGAACACACAAAAAUUGCCCCGCCACGAGAGAUGAGUAGCAGCAGCAGACAGAGGACCAUUGGGGGUGCGGGUCAGCAUGUAUUGGACUACUUGAAACGAAUGCAAACGGAGAAUCCUGCUUUCUUUUAUGCAAUUCAGGGUGAUAAUGACCAUUCUAUUGGAAACAUAUUUUGGGCUGAUGCAACUUCCAGGAUGAACUAUGGUCAUUUUGGAGAUACAGUCAGGUUUGACACAAUCUACAGGACGAACCACUAUAGAGUACCUUUUGCCGCUUUCACUGGAAUAAAUCAUCACGGGCAACCGGUGUUGUUUGGCUGUGCAUUAAUUUUCAAUGAAUCUGAUGCAUCCUUCAUUUGGCUACUCCAGACGUGGCUUCAUGCAAUGUCUGGACGCGCUCCUGUUUCCAUCACGACUGAUCCGGAUCGACUCAUACAGAUGGCUGUCUCCCAGGUUUUGCCCGAAACCCGUCAUCGUUUCUGCAAGUGGAGCAUGUUUAAAGAAACACAGGAGAAACUGGGUCAUAUAUAUCAAACACAUCCUACUUUUGAGAUCGAGUUUAAGAAGUGCAUUAACGAGACUGAGACAGUUGAUGAGUUUGAGCCAAGUUGGGAUUUGCUCCUGCAGAGAUACUACCUUAUGGACAAUGAAUGGCUCCUAUCAAUGUACAAUGCUCGUCAUCAAUGGGUCCCGGUGUACAUGCGAGAUACGUUUUUCGGAGAGUUGUCUACAAGCGAAGGAAGUGACAGUAUGAACUCGUUCUUUGAUGGGUAUGUGAAUGCAGCAACCAGUACACAGUUGUUGAUUAAACAAUAUGAGAAAGGUGUAACAAGUUGGCAUGAAAAGGAACUAAAGGCAGAUUAUGAUACCACUAACACCACGCCAGUUUUGAAGACGCCAUCUCCUAUGGAAAAACAAGCUGCGAACCUUUAUACCAGGAGGAUAUUCAUGAAGUUCCAAGAGGAAUUGGUUGAGACCCUUGCUAAUCCUGCAACUAAAAUAGAAGAUUCUGGAACAAUCACUGCAUAUCGAGUGGCCAAAUUUGGGGAGGAGCACAAAGCACACACAGUUAGGUUCAAUGCAUUUGAGAUGAAAGCUAAUUGUAGCUGCCAAAUGUUUGAAUUUUCUGGCAUUACUUGUAGGCACAUAUUAUCGGUUUUCAGAGCAAAAAAUGUUCUUACACUUCCUUCUCAUUAUCUUUUGAAACGGUGGACAAGAAAUGCCAAGAGUGGAGGUGCUGUUGAUGAACGUGCUCCUGAAUUGCCAAGCAAUUCUCGAGAAUCUUUAACUGUUCGGUAUAACAAUCUACGACAGGAAGCCAUCAAAUUUGUGGAAGAAGGGGCAAAAUCAAUUCAUAUUUAUAAGGUGGCUAUGGAUGCUCUGCAAGAUGCUGUGAAGAAGGUUGCUGCUGCAAAGAAGCAAAAUUCAAGAGCCACACAGGGUGGCACUCUAGCCAAUGGAGGUAACAAAGAUAUGCAUCCGGGUGAAGAGAACCAAACGGCGCCAUACCAGUCUGCGGAUCCGCUAGAGGGUUGAUUGAGGCGUGGAGAGGUUGCCUUGUGGGGGCUCAUAGUCAGGAUGCGUGGAGGGCUACGCCGCUCUGUGUGUGGUGGUGUAUUUGGCUUGAAAGGAAUAGGAGAUGUUUUGAAGGAAAGGCGAUGUCGAUUUUGGUGCUUAAAUUCUCGAAUCUUUUCACUCUUUUUUGUUGGGUUUCAAGGAGAGAUCAUAGAUCGUUGGAGGAGAUUGUUGACUUUUUGGCCUCCUUGAAGGCUUGAGGCCUUUGUAGUCUUUUGUAUUUUUCUUGGGUUCCGCUCCCCUUUUGAGCAUUUUUUAAUAAAAUUUUAUUUAUCAAAAAAAAAAAAGAAGAUGUAGAAGUAGAAAUUGCCGAUGAUGAUUAGAUAUUGCAUGUCAAUGCACGUCUCUAAGGACUAAAACCUGAAAGGACGAUUUCUUUUUGGGAGGAGUAAAAGAUCAAUAAAGCAUGCUCAAAAGGGAGCAUAUCCUGAAAACAAAAAGGAUGAAAUGUUGAAACAAUUUGGACUGCUUUUGACAUGGUAAUGACUGCUUAUAAUGAUCGAUAUCACGACCCAAAAUGAGACCCAUAGACCACUAAUCUAUCCUGUUGAAAUAUCUUUAUUAUUAUUAUUUUUAUUAGCUGUUUUUAGCCUUUUAUUAGGUGUUUUUAUGUAAGAUCCCUAUAAUCAUGGCAUCAUGUAGAUACGAUCCCCUUAAUCAUGAGAUCAAGUAGAUAAAAUUCCCAUAAUCAUGCGAUCACGUAGAUUUUGGCAUAUUUUUUGUUUUUCUUUGAUUUGGUUUAUUUUCUUUGUACCCUAUUCUUGUAAAUAAAUAUAACUCUUGGCUCUCGGUUUGAGUAAGUCAGUUAAAACCCAAAACUAUUUCUUUUUGGUAUCAGAGCAAAAACAAAAAGCCUCCUCAUCUUCCUUCCCCAACGCCGCCACCUUUUCUCUCCCUCUCUCCUCUUUCCCUCAACUCCGGCGCACCUCUAUCUCCUCCCAGCCCUUGCGCCCAGUGUUAUUAAAGACCCUAGGCGCACCAAAGCGUUAGAGGUCCUUUGGAGCCUAGGUGUGAGGCGCUCGCCUGAGUGAAGUGAGACGCACAAUUGAAAAUUUAAACUAUCAUAAUAACAUUCAUACCUCAUAAGCUAUGAAGCACUGACACGGCGCUAAGGGCCUACAUACCAGUGUCAGACACGUGUCCGACACGGACACGCGUGUCCCAGGACACGUGUCCAACACGCUCUAACCGUGUCUUACAUUUUUUAAUAUAUUCGAUGCUACCGGACAUCGAUUAGACACGGCCGGACACCGAUCGAACACGAACUGAUCUGAUUCCCAUGUAUUGAGGUAUAACAUUUUCAUUUCGGGAUUGAGCUAUUUCAUCGUGCCCCUUUUGCCUGAAGCAGUGAAGGAAGAAGAUGUAGAGAGCCAGAGGAAGAAGUUGAGAGGGGAGCCAAAACAGUGUAACAUGGUAUCAUAUAUAUAUAUAUAUAUAUAUAUAUAUAUAUAUGAUUAAUUGAAAUCGAAAUUGGUUUGAUGUAUCUAUAGAUGUAAAAAUUGUGAAGAUAGAGAGAAGUAAGAGAAUGAUCGGAAACGAUUGGGGCACGAAGGUGUUAAAUUGAUUUUAUUUUUGUGUUUAUAGAUCUCAGAUUGUGAAGAUAGAGGGGGAUCAGAGAGAAUGGCUGGUAGGAGCAGAGAUGGGUUAUUGAAAAAAGAGUUUACUGGGAAGAGAAAGAGGGGGUUAGGUAAGAUUCCAUCUUAUCUGUGUUAUUAUAUAUAUAUAUAUAUAUUUCAUUUUGUAAAUAGAGCUCUAUAUAUAUAUAUAUUUUAAUGGAAUAGGUACUAUUGACUUUAUGUUUUUGAAAAAAAAAGGUGAUUGGCUUAAUUUAAAUGAGUUGUAUUUAUUAAUAUAUAUAAGAAAUUAAGUAAAAGUGAAUUUUUUUUUAUAUAUAAUAACAAUUAUAUUAUUAUUUUAUUGCCGUAUCCCUGUUGCGUCCGUGCUUCAUAGCUCAUAAGUCAUAUCAAUAUUCUAAAAAUUAAUAUCAAAUAUAAAAAAGUAAAUCCAUCAACUAUACAAGAAUCCAACAACCAUAAAACAGAGCACAAAUUUGUUUUCUUGAAAGGAAAAGCAAAAUAUGUUUUUUUGAAUGGCAAAACAAAGCACAAAAAGAAAUAAAUAUGUUAACCAAAAAAAAAAAAA